GUGAGCUGACGGAGGGGCAGGAGAAGGAGCUCGCGAAGAAGCUUUCCUUUGUGAACCCGGCCGCGGCGCCGUUUGCGGGGAAGAGUCUUCUGGACAAGCUCAUGAAGGAAAGGGAGGCUCCCCUUCCUCUCUUGGACCUGCUCAUGGCCCUGGAAGUGUACAACGCAGAUGGCGAUGUUGCCAGAAGCCAUCUCGACAGCUACCUGACUUCCCUUCGAGCUUCUACCAGGCAAGUCGCACAUCCUUUGCUUCUCCUGGCGCUGCACCGUGUGGAGGGACUGCCCAUCCUUGAAACUGCUCUCCACCGCUUCCCGGAGAUGGAGCCGAUGCUUACGAGCGACGAGAAG